AUGGAGUCGACAAGCGAAAGGAAUGUUGGUCACUUCCCCAAGACGCAUAUACCCGAAUUCAAGUUCGAUGCAUCAAGCGUUCCAGGCACUGGCCUCCCAGUGAACCAGGAUCCAUUUGGAGAUGAAACCAAUCUUGAGAUCAAAUACAAGACCAUGGCUUGGUGGUUGGCAAGCCGGCAUGAGUAUGCUUUCCUCACCCUCGUUUCAUCUUUCCUGACGCCGGUGCUGUCGUUAACCUCUUUUCAAGUUAUGAUUGCAGAGACCAUUUCGCUCGGGAUCCUUGCAUUGCCCAAGGCGCUCUCCGUUCUUGGCCCUUUCCCCGGUGUCGCGGCCAUCCUAGGCAUUGGUUUGAUUUCUACCUACACCGGGUAUACAGUUGGUCAACUGAAACAACGGUUCAUGCAGAUCCACAGCAUGGCUGAUGCGGGAGCUCUUCUGAUGGGGAGACAUGGUAGCCGGGCUUUAGGGCUAGCGCAGCUGUUAUUCUUCGUCUUUGUGAUGGGAAGUCAUAUAUUGACAUUUUCCAUCAUGAUGAACGUUCUUACAGAGCAUUCCAACUGCACCAUUUUAUACGUAUCGAUCGGAGUGCUCGUUUCAUUUGUUCUGACCCUCCCUCGGCGACUCAAACGGCUAUCUCAUCUGUCAACAAUUAGCUUCGUAAGCAUCUGCGGCGCAGUUCUAGUGAUCCCCACGGUGCAUGAAACUUGCCUUGCUAUUGCCAAUAUCGUUUUCGCAUACGCCGGGCAUGUUGCUUUCUUCACCUUUUUCUCGGAGCUCCGUGAUAUCAAGGAUUUCCCUAAAGCCCUUGCACUUUUGCAGACCUGUGAGAUGAUUCUGUACACCGUCUCGGCGAUUGUCUUCUAUGCCUAUGUAGGCCAAGAAGUAACAUCUCCCGUGUUGAGCUCUGUGGGGAGACUCUUUCGCAUGACUUCUUAUGGAAUCGCAAUUCCGACGAUUGUUAUCGGGGGAGUAGUGAAUGCCCACGUUGCAGUCAAAUUUAUCUAUGUCUCCAGAUUCCGGGGCACUAACGCGAUGCAUACCCAAUAUUUUCAAGCUCGAGCCACAUGGGCGGUCAUAUGUGCCGGCCUGUGGAUCGUCUCAUGGAUCAUUGCGGAGGGAAUUCCUGUCUUUAAUGAUGUGCUUGGGCUUGCAGUAUGUGUCUUUAUUGCUCGAGUUCCCGGCUUGAACUGA